UCUUGGGGCGGUCCCUUUUCUCUAUCCUCGGCGUCCUGGCUUUAUCGACUCCAAGAAGCGAACAGACCACUACGACUGGUGUCGUUGACGACGAUGGCGGUUCGUGCUGUCCACAGCUAUUCCCUCCUUCGCUCUGCUUCGUCUCCUCCGCCCUCGGCGCUACGAUAUCGUUUACGUCAUUUCAUUGCCUUUCAGUCUCGGCGAAGCCUCAAAUUAUCGAUUCCUGUUCAGAUUUCCGGGUCCGAGCGGCGGCACCUCGUCGGCUGUGGCGGUCUUCGAAGCUGUUCUGUUCACAGUCUCGUAGAAAGCGUCAUGGAAGAGCUUGAAGCUUCCCGCAAAAGGAAAAGAGUUUGUGCUGGCGCCAAAAUGGGUUUAACAAGUAGUGGCGAGCUUCUUGAAGAUGAGCUUGGAAAGCAAGCACUGCAGAAAGGGUUCCUGCUGGAGUUUAGGAAAGAUUCUGAAAGGGUAUUGUUAGCAGUUGCUCAGAAACCUGAUGGCAAGAAGAACUGGAUGGUGUCAGAUCAGAAUGGCAUCACAUCCUCCAUUAAGCCACAACAAAUUACGUUUAUUGUUCCAGGUCUUGAAAAUUUUGACCAUAAAGAAAUUCCAGAAUUUAUUAAGAAAGCUCAGGAUAACUUGGACCCUACACUGCUUGAAUUUGCUUGGAUUGAGCUCCUUGAAAACAAAAAGUCAGUGACAGCUGAGGGAUUAGCAGAGAUGAUAUUUGGCAGCAAGGAGCCUCUGGAGAGUUAUUGUGCCCAUAUUUUGCUUUCAAAAGAUGAAGUUUAUUUCACUGUGCUAGAGAAUAAAGGUUCUCGAUCUGUUUAUGGUCCUCGGCGUACUGAGCAGGUAGAAGAACUUCUACGUAGGAAGCUUGCCAAGGAGGUUGCUGACAAGGAAUUUGAGGAGUUUAUACAGUUGCUAAAAUCUGCUAAGGCAAGGCCUUUGGAUGCAAAACCCCCAAAGUCUAUGUGGAAGGAUGACGAGAAAAUUAGAGACAGAAUUGAGUCUCUUCAGGCAUAUGCUGUUGAUGCAUGCAAAACUGAUGACGAAAGGAAAACGGCUGGGAUGAUCCUUAAAGGAAUGGGACUGGCAAGAACUGCAUCCUCGGCAGUAAAUCUUCUCAUAGACAUUGGGUAUUUUCCUGUACAUGUCAAUCUUGAUAUGUUAAAGUUCAACAUCCAUGCUGAUUAUUCAGAUGAGAUAAUAUCAGCUGCAGAAGGUCUUAUGCGCGAGUCAUCUGACCCAGAUAAGAUUGACAGAAAGGAUCUUACUCACUUGAAGGUGUAUGCCAUUGAUGUUGAUGAAGCUGAUGAGCUUGAUGAUGCCCUGAGUGCAGCACAAUUGCAAGAUGGCCGAAUUAAAGUUUGGAUACAUGUUGCAGAUCCAACUAGCUUAGUCCAGCCUGGGAGCAUGAUAGACAGGGAGGCAAUGAGAAGAGGAACUUCAAUUUUCUUGCCCACUGCUACUUAUCCUAUGUUUCCCGAGAAACUUGCAAUGGAGGGAAUGAGCUUGAAGCAAGGAAAACUUUGCAAUGCUGUUACAGUAUCUGUUGUGCUGCAUCCAGAUGGCUGCAUUGCAGAAUACAUGAUAGAUAACUCAUUAAUUAGACCAACCUAUAUGCUGACAUAUGAAAGUGCAUCCGAGCUUCUUCAUUUGAACUUGGAAGAGGAGGUUGAACUGAAAAUUCUGUCCAAGGCUGCAGCGCUCAGAUUGAAAUGGCGUUGCCGACAGGGUGCAAUUGACACAGCUACCAUAGAUACACGCAUCAAAGUAGCUAAUCCAGAUGAUCCUUCUCCAUUGAUCAAUCUUUAUGUUGAAAACCAGGCAGACCCUGCAAUGCGGCUUGUCUCUGAGAUGAUGAUACUCUGUGGGGAGGUUAUAGCCACAUAUGGUUCUUCCAACAACAUUCCAUUACCCUACAGAGGACAGCCCCAGUCGAAUAUUGAUGUGUCUGCAUUUGCCCAUCUUCCAGAAGGGCCUGUUAGGAGCUCUGCUUUGGUUAAAGUAAUGCGUGCAGCUGAAAUGGAUUUCAGGAAGCCUAUACGCCAUGGGAUCUUAGGACUUCCUGGCUAUGUGCAGUUUACGUCUCCCAUUCGUAGAUAUACAGACCUUCUUGCUCAUUACCAGGUGAAGGCAUUUCUUAGAGGUGAAUCUCCUCCUUUCUCAGCUGGUCAGCUGGAAGGGAUAUCAUCGAUAUUAACCAUGCAUGCUAGAAUAGCAAAGCGACUCUGCAGCAGCAGUCUUCGGUAUUGGACAUUAGAAUUCCUAAGAAGGCAACCAAAAGAGAAAAAGUUUCAUGCAUUGGUCCUUGGAUUCAUCAAAGAUCGGAUUGCAUCAUUGUUGUUAAUGGAGGUUGGGCUUCAAGCUUCUGCCUGGAUGUCUUUGGGAAUACAAAUUGGGGCCGAAGUAAAAGUUCAGGUAGAAGAAGCUCAUCCACGUGAUGAUGUUCUCUCUCUCAAGGAGGUUGUUUAAGGUAUAGCAAGAUGCUUCCUACAGGAACUUAUCAUAGCCCUCUUCCUCAGUGCUGCCGUGAUCUAUUAAAUGGGCUUUGACCCCCUGGGCUUGAUUGUUGAGAGCUCUUGGAACUGCAGUGAAACCAAGCUACAGAGCAUAGGGCAAAUCAAAAGGGCUUCUCUGUGGAAUGCAGAUAAAUGAAAUGAGUCUAUGAAAGCAGAUUAAUAAUGAAGAAAGAAGGAAACUAUAGAAAUGUUUGAAAAUAUAGACAUGUUUGUGGUGGUUAGAACUAAAAGAUAGUGUAAGUAGACUGCAAAUCACAAAAGCAUGGUGUGAUUACUUGAUCAUGCGUGAUCAAGUGUGAAAAAAUGGUUGGAUUAGUGAAAUAUUCCGGGAGUGAGAGGAGAUAGUAAAACAAAAAAAAAAAUGCAAUAAUAAGUACUCAUUCCACAACCUGUGGGAGAUCUAGAGGUCUAUACGUUCUACACAGUGCUACUACUACAAAUGGAGAGGCUCCUUUUGCAACUAUCUCUUUCCAGCCUGCGGACUGGGUGUGACAUAUUUUGUGAUACUAUGGACUGAAAUAGUGAGAUAAGAAGUCUAUUGAUUGAUGAUUUAUAGUUUUAAUUCUUUGCAUUAUUCUUAGGAUCCAGUUGGAAACAAUGUAGGGGCUCUGGUGAGAGGGCCAGUUCCUGAGCACUCUGUGUAAAAUUAUUGCAGUGAUAUCAUAUUAUCGUUUUCAUUUCAUGGGAUGCAAUAUUGUCGCGUGGGUUGUGAAAUUUCAACUCUCUCCAGCUGAAUGGAUAUGUUGUAGAACAGGUUACUGUAGUUCAUGCAUAUCGUGAGCUGAUUUCCAGAGUAGUGAGAUUUGAAUUUCACAUUGCCACAACUCUGUGACUAUGGAGGGUUUAUGGGGCUCAUAAUAUAUGCUUAGAAAUUUUCAAAUGAGUUUUAAGCCUUGGCUACCUUAUUUUACAACACUUGAUCUUGGGACAGUCUCAGCAGUUCGAUCUAUCUUUUUUAUUUAUUUUAUAUUUUUGUCAACUUUCAUGUUAUUGGGAUGUCAAAAUUUUAUGGUAUUUUAAGAAGUAUCCUAUUUUGUGAUGACUUCCUGAGCCCA